GGCCGAGCACGUUGAUCAGCCAGACAAGUGACAAAGGCGGACGCCUCAACUCUGUGGAAGUAGCAGCAAAGGGAUUUAGGCAUCCUCACCGCUCCGCGAACCGAGUCCUCUGCGUCGAAAUAAGGGGUAAAAUUGCCACUCGCGGAAACUUCGGCGGGUGGCGACGACGACAACGAGCUACUUGGCGACGCUCUGGAUGCUGAAUGUCUUGCGAAUGAAGCGGAGAUCUCAAUCGGAAGACAGGUUUCCGCGUGGUAGCAUGGCGCGUCACACAGUCGACAAUGCAACGGUGGUCUUCGCAGCAGACCUGUUGUGGCAGCGGUACCGCGGAUCCAGGCAGGGCCGUCCCACGACAAAGACCAUCAGAUGGAACACGUGUCUCCUCCUUGGCUCUAUGACUAAGGUGAAGACGUGGUGGUGGCAAGCUCGUGUUGUCCACUCGUUGAUCACACCAUCGAGAUGUCGCCCCAGAACUACAGGCAACACGGACAGCUGUUACGAAAGGUCCGAGCGGCACAUUUGAGGUCCAGCUGCUGGGCCGCCCGCAAGAUCAGACUCCCGGUGGCCAAAUAUCAGCCUUUUCCUUGUUGGGAGUUCCAAGCACCGUGUCCUGCGCGACGCGUUCCAGCCACAGGCAAUUGUAUUUGCUUCCGGAU